UUUGAUAAAAUCUGAAGUUUCAUUUGUUCAUUAAUCAUUAUAAUAUUGUAUAACUAAAAUGAUAUAAUUUUGAAUUUUAAAUUCUUACAGGUAGAUGAUGAUAGAGAAUAUACGAUGAUAGUUACUAUCUGUAGUCAUAGUACAAUAUUGUUGUAGAUAUAAUAUUACAAUAGCUAGGCUUUUACUUAUUUUGAUUGUUUAACUUGUCUAGUUCUUUUUAUUUACUCAUAUCUGUACAUCUGUUUCAAACGUAUACAGGUGUUAUUUAGAUAACACGUCCUGUGUAUUAAGAUAAUCAAAUUUGAUACCAUACGUUCUGUUUGAAUUUGAAAACCAAGAGCUGAUAAAAUAUUGAAAAUGGAAACUGUGAAACCUAAAUGUGUAUACCAGGAAGAACGUUGGACACGUUCCUUGAUUACAAUUGACAAUUUACCAGACAAUUUUGAACAUUUACAAGUUAAUAAUCAUUCCAAAAUUCGAAACAUGCUUGGUUUUGCAGUAAAAAGUUUUGAACACUCUAACCAUCUAGUUUGUAGUGCCAGUGGCCCAUCAGUUAACAAAGCUGUAACGUGUGCGGAAAUAUUGAAACGACAGAUGCCUGAACUUAAACAAGUUACUGGUAUUGGAUAUAGAAAUGUAAGGAUGAUCAAGGAUGAGAUGAUUGAUGGUAAAGUAUCUCAAACAAUUACAACAAGAAGACUACCUUCAAUCCAUAUUCUUUUAUCCAAAAAUCACCUUCAUCCUAGUUUACCUGGAUACCAGGGAGCUGACAAGGUAUCAGAUCAUGUUAAUAGGCCAGUGCCUCGCAGAACAUUUGAAAAAACUGAUUACCGCGGUACUAAGGAAGGUUAAGUUAUGGCUCUUUAAUUGAUGUUGUUCCAUCCUCUUCGGUUCGUAUACCUUGCAUAAUUGCAUCAGGCAUAGGCACAAUCAGGUUUUCUUUCGCCAUUAA